CAACUCGAUAUAAGCCUCCAGUGCGCUAGCCACUCCUACCAACACUCGUUCAAGGGUAAUCAUGCAGGCGCCCCAAUUCCCUGACCCGCACUUCGGCCAGUCCCCGCCUCCAUACCAGGCACCCCCGCCCUCGGGCUUCCGCGUCCCUCUCACCACUGAGCAGGCACGCGUGCCAGUCGAGGCGUUCGGCCGGCCCAUCGCGUUCGACGCCGACGGGCAAUCGCCCAUCUUCGUUGGCUCGUCCAUCUUCCCCAACUCUGUGCACCCGUGCAAGAUUGCUCCGCACCUAUCGCCGCCAUGCCGCGUGCCCUACGGUGGCGAAGAGCACGAGCACCGCGGGCGCUACGACGUGCUGCCCUUCGAUCAGGCCGUGAUGGAGUGGGUGCCUACGGCACACGGCCAGAUCCCACACGGGCGACGUCCGGUCGAGGGCGGAUACGAGGAGGGCGGCGGGAAGCUGUACCACGCCUUGGCAAUUGUACACGGCGUCAGGGUUCCUGGGAAGACAGCCGAACAUCUGCACGGUUGCAACGUCGCCUUUGGCGGCAGUGAACACAUUAUCCGCGAGAAUUACGAGAUUCUUUGCUGGAAGUAGGGGGAUCUGCCAGCGAUGCAGAAAUCAACAGUGCCACCGCCGUGAUCCAUCAGAUAUUCAGGUCUGGAGAACCUUGGUUUGUUCUGUACAACAAUCAAAGUUGUAUGUCACUCACAAUUGAAAUGAUCUUGAGUCAACACCGUA